GAAGAACACGAACAAGAAAUGAAUGUGAACCGAUAACUACGACAUUCCAUCCACGAGAACAGUAUAGGUCGCCUGCCUCACUUUACGCGCAUGCGCCCUGGGGCUCGCAUUUCGUCAUGGCUGACAGGGGCUGGCCAGGCUGUGCGGCGAGUUUGAAAGGUGUCAUACUGGACAUGUGUGGCGUUUUAUAUGACAGCGGGGAGGGCGGCGGCGUCGCCAUACCCGGUUCAAUUGAAGCCGUGAAUAAGCUCAAGGCAUCUGACCUGCAGCUGCGCUUCUGCACCAAUGAGACUCAGGCCUCCAGAGAGAAGUUUGUGGCCAAGCUUCAAAAACUGGGCUUUGACAUCCUCGUGUCGGAGGUCUUCUCUCCUGCUCCUGCAGCCGUGGCUGUCCUUCGGGAAAGGGGUUUACGGCCUCACCUGCUCGUGUAUGACGGACUUCUCCCCGAGUUUGACAGUGUUGACAAGACCAACCCAAACUGUGUUGUGAUUGGAGACGCAGCAGAACAAUUUACCUACCAGAACCUGAACAAUGCAUUCAGGGUCCUUACAGGCCUGGAGAAGCCAGUGCUGUUCUCUCUGGGCCAAGGGAAGUACUACAAAGAGACAGAUGGUUUGAAACUAGAUGUCGGGCCUUACAUGAAGGCUCUGGAGUAUGCCUGUGAUUUAAAGGCGGAAGUAGUUGGAAAGCCAUCCCCAACAUUCUUCCAGAGUGUUCUCAAUGACAUGGGGCUUCAACCGCAUGAGGCACUGAUGAUUGGGGACGAUCUGGUGAAUGACGUGGGUGGGGCCCAGCACUGCGGAAUGAAAGGCAUACAAGUCAGGACGGGCAAAUACAGGCCCAGCGACGAGAGGCACUCGACGGUGACGGCUGACAGCACUGUGGACAACCUGGCUCAGGCUGUGGACACGAUCCUCAAUCAAAGGCUCUGAGUGCGAGGUAGCCGACACUGGAAUCUCUCCACUUACUGUGACCCUGGUAGUACUUUUUGUAUCAGUCUUGAGUGAUGUUAUCAGAAGGAAGGGUGCACUGCAUUGAGUUAUUUCAAGUAAGAUCUCACGGCAGUAAAAAACAAAAAGAAAUGCCAUCUAUAUACCGUGUGACCUGUAACUGGGUGUUUCCCACAUUUGAUGGUUUAAUGAGAUGUGACAACCAUACACGCAAACUAUAAUUAAAUAUAUGCAGACCUAUUACCCAAGUCUACCAGAGAUAAGCUUAACACCUGGAGGGAUACGCUGUUCCGUUUGUCAGUACGUGAUUGGCAUAGAUUAGAUGCCUCAAGUUGACACCAAUGUGCCUGUAAUCUGCUGCUGACAGUUAGGGUACAGCAAUGCUGUGUGUUCAGACUCGUGCUAAUUUUACACACUGAUACGCUAUAUGAAGCCCGUUUGUAGUCUAACUGGAAAGGCCCAAUUGACAUGCAGCCGUAGUGUAUUUUAACAUGUGUUGGUUAGUGUAAGUAUCUGGUUAUGUGAAGGUGAUGUUGCUGUCGCUCACUCCCUUACAAUAAACCAAGGUGUGCCAGUAAUGCAAGUAUUGUAUCAAUAAAACUAUUAAUGUAUAGCUGU